GUAGUUGUUGAAGGUUCUUUAAUUUUACAAUCAUUUACUUGUAGAACACAAGUUUAAUUUGCUUCACUUGGUCAAUCAAGCAGAAACAUACUAAUCCUAACUAAAAAGCUACCAACUCCAUAUAUUAUUUGUGUGCCCUUUGCACCUCUUCUUUCAUUGGACACACUAUAUAUACUAGUGAAACUCCAUUUCAAUUUCAUCACAGCAAACUAGCCUUCUUUGAUAUUCAAACUUCUUCAAUACCAAAUCUUUAGAACUUAACUUCAAGAUGGCUCAGUCUAUGAGCUUCUUUUUUCUCAUAGGUCUCCUUGCUUUUGCACCACAAUGUUUCUCUACUAAGACAAAUGGUGGUUCACUAUACCCACAAUAUUAUUACCGAUCAUGCCCAAAAGCUCAAGAAAUUGUCAAGUCUGUUGUUGCCAAGGCUGUAGCCAAAGAGGCUCGAAUGGCUGCUUCGUUGCUCAGGCUCCAUUUCCAUGACUGCUUUGUCAAGGGAUGUGAUGCAUCUUUGCUUCUGGACAGCAGCAGAGGUAUAGUAACUGAGAAAAGAUCAAACCCCAACAGGAACUCAGCUCGUGGAUUCGAAGUCAUUGAUGAGAUUAAAUCUGCACUGGAGAAGGAAUGUCCUCAAACUGUCUCUUGUGCUGAUAUAUUGGCACUUGCUGCAAGGGAUUCUACUGUAUUAGCUGGUGGACCAAACUGGGAGGUUCCAUUGGGAAGAAGAGACUCCAGAGGUGCCAGUUUAAGUGGCUCCAACAAUGACAUUCCUGCUCCAAACAACACAUUUAAUACUAUUCUCACAAAAUUCAAAAGACAAGGCCUUGAUCUUGUUGACCUUGUUGCUUUAUCCGGGAGCCACACAAUUGGAAAUUCAAGAUGUACCAGCUUUAGGCAAAGGCUCUACAACCAGUCAGGAAAUAGUCAACCAGACUCAACUCUGGAUCAAUCAUAUGCUGCCCAAUUGCGCAACAGGUGCCCAAGAUCUGGAGGUGAUCAGAACCUAUUUUUCUUGGACUUUGUCUCCCCCACAAAAUUUGACAACAGCUACUUCAAGAACUUGUUGGCUUCAAAGGGCCUUUUGAACUCGGACCAAGUUCUUACAACUAAGAGUCAAGCAUCAUUAGCCUUGGUGAAACAAUAUGCAGAGAACAAUGCGCUUUUCUUCGAGCACUUCGCCAAGUCUAUGGUUAAGAUGGGGAACAUUUCACCUUUGACAGGUUCCAGGGGAGAGAUCAGGAAAAAUUGCAGGAAGAUGAACUGAUCUUAAAAGAGGUAGCACAACUUCCAUUGCCAAAACAAAGUCAAUAAUUGUCCCUUUAUGGAUAUGUUUUUAUGUAUCUUUCUCUUGUUCAUUUGUUUUACAUUCUUCUAGUUUAUUCAAUAUUCGUCCUUGAGGAUCACAUUGCUUGUGCCAUCCUCAUAGACAGUUAUUGUUGUUCGAGGGGUACUUUAGGUUGCUUUUGUCAAAAGUGUGCUAAAUAGAAAUUAAUGCAUGGUUUCAUACACAUUUGUCUGAAAAA